AUGGAUUCAAAAGCUAGCUGUAAAAAUCACAGAAUAUGGCCACCUCGAAAAGCAUCAACGGACGUGUCCAUAAGGCAGGUGCUUCGAGUGGAAUCUAUCGAUCUGUGUUUCCAGGAAAAUGGAGAGGCUUGUCACACGGCCAGCUACGAGAUGAUGAUUAAGCCUCGUCCUACCAAACGCCCUCAACAGCUGGUCGUUAGACGUGGCACUCCAUUCGUCGUGCGGUUGGUUUGCAAUCGCAGAUUUGACUCAACUGUCGAUACUAUGGUGCUCGUAUUCUCAGUUGACGCCUGUGGAACCGAAGUGGCAUGCUUUGGAAAUGGAACGGAGACGUACAUAGUACUUCACACGAACGAUAGGAAUGGCUUGGACGAGCCUACCGAUGAGUGGGGAGCUCUACUAACGGAAUGUGAAGACAAACCGAACGGAAAGGUGGAGCUGAAGUUACUGAUCACUACACCUUCGUAUGCGCCGGUGGCAAGGUGGAAUCUGGAGUUCAACUGUCGCUUGGACACAACGGAUGCGAAGAGCUCGUUCUCGAUCAGGGACCCGAUGUAUGUGCUGUUCAAUCCAUGGUGCAAAGAAGAUACGGUAUACAUGGAAGACGAGGCGAGCAAGGAAGAAUACGUACUGAGCGACAGCACCAUGAUAUGCAAACCAUCAGCGAAUGGACCUCACAUGACCAACUGGUAUCUGGGUCAGUACGAGCCGAACAUUGUGGACUGUGCGCUGUAUAUCAUAUCGGAGAUAGGCAAAGUCAAGGCAUCCUUCAGCGGCAAUCCCGUGCUUGUUACUCGAGCUUUGACAGGAUCGCUAAAUAGCGCCAACGGAGAGGGUGUAUUGCAAGGGAACUGGACUGGAGAUUACGAAGCAGGUACUGCACCGACCUCGUGGACCGGUUCGGUGAAGAUCCUGCAGGAUUUCUACGAAUCCUUCGAAACGGUAAAAUAUGGCCAGUGCUGGGUGUACGGUGGGGUCUUCACGACUGUUUGUAGAGCGAUCGGCAUACCGAGUCGCAUUCUAACGAACUUCGAUUCGGCUGGCGACCAUGACGCUUCCUUGACGAUAGAUUACUUUCUAGACGAGAGCGACAAUAUGGCGGGGGAUAUGACGGUAGAUUCCGUUUGGAAUUAUCACGUCUGGAAUGAGGCUUGGAUGAAGCGAAAGGAGCUUCAGAAUCCAGAGUACGAUGGAUGGCAGGCAUUGGACGCGACCCCACAGGUGAUCUCCGAUGGCAUGUACAAAUGCGGUCCUUGCCCAGUGAACGCCAUCAAGCAAGGCUUCGUGCACGUGCCGUAUGAUGCGGAGUUUAUCUACGCUGAGGUGAACGCCGAUCUCGUAUACUGGUCGAUAGGAAACUCCCAAAAUCCACCAAAGCCACUGCGAAUCAACACGCAAGAGAUCGGACACGAUAUGACGACGAAGGCGAUCGGUCAGGACGAAAAGGAAGACAUCACGCAGCAGUACAAGUUCCCGGAGGGCUCGAAGGAAGAGCGUGAGGCGAUGAAGACAGCGAUGAAUUUUAGCUGCCAGCGAUUCAGCAGUGCUGGGUUAGCAAAGCGACUGCUUGGUAGCAUGAAGUCGGGAGCCGAUGAAAAGGACGAUAAAAUUAAGCUAGAACUUAAGAGUGCCGGUGAACUGAAACUUGGCUCAUCGUUUCAUAUCGAGCUGCUCAUUACCAGCAUUUCUGCAAGCGAUCCAGUCGAGCUGAGCGGGAGUAUUGUGCUGAAAGAUUCAGACUACACUGGCCGGCAUACGAAAACGAUCAAGAAGCUGCCGUUUGCUGCUAAGCUAGACCCCAAGGAGGUGAAAUCCAUCCUCGUGCCGAUGGAGUUCAACGAGUACCAUCAAGCUACGACCAAUCAGACUAACAUCCGGGCGACAUGCAUGGCGGAUGUGAAAGGGAGCGAUCGGACGGUUUUCGUGAAGGAAAAUUUCCACCUCUCAUCGCCGACGAUCGAGAUGACGUUGUUGAAACACAACGAUCUCGCUCCUGUGGCGGUGCAGGUGGACUUGAAUAAUCCCCUGCCAAUUCCACUCACUUUCGGACGAUUCAUUAUAGAAGGAUCCCGCUUCACGGAUCCGAUCGUAAGAAAUUACGAUGUGAUUCCGGUAGGCGGGAAAGCACAGUUUAUUUAUCCCAUCAAUCUUUCAUUCACUGGAAAGAUGGUCGUGUGCGCAUCAUUCGUGUCGAAAGAGCUGAAAAACGUGCGCGGAGACAUCACGGUUAACUUUCCGACGGUUUGA